UUCUUCCAAGUCACACACAGCCGAAUCGGCGUAGCAGUCAACAUGAAUCCUCUUUUUGCUCAGAUCAGACAAAUCCUCUUGAAAGAAGAAGCCCAGGCCUCUCAGUCAGGCGGAUUCGGAGGCUCUGGCUACGCUCCAAGCUCCAGCUACGGUGCCCCAAGCUCCAGUUACGGCGCUCCAAGCUCCAGUUACGGUGCCCCUAGCUCCAGCUACGGAGUACCUGGCUACAGCAGCCGCGUUGUCGGAAUUGAUCUCGAGGGCAUCAGACAAGCCAUCCAGGUAGCCCAAUUCAACCAAGUCAGCCAAGGAUCCUCCGGUGGAUUUGGCGGCUACCCCAGCGGACCAUCAGGAAGCUACGGAGCUCCUAGCAGGCCCAGCGGCAGCUACGGCGCUCCUUUCUAA